AGGCCAGGGCUGGGUCGGUAGUUCCGCUUCCCCUUCGCCAUAGCGGAAUCAUCCAAAGGCUGAGAAGAAGAUAGAAGAAAAGUUGCAUUGUAAAUAGUUGGAGUCACAUUUCUGACGCCGAGCGAGCGCGUUGUGCUCCAUCUAACUCCUCAUGUGUCCGUGGGGGUACUAUUAAGGGAUUUUUUAAUUUUUUUAAUUUUCUUUCACGCCGUCGAGGAUCGUCCUGGACUUAACUUCUCUACAAGUUUGACUGGUGUGUGAGAUCUCCGGUACUGCUUGGAGUGUCCUUCCUUGUGCAGUUGAUGAGCACGUCGGUGCCUCCUGCUGAUGUGAGCACUGCCUCCCUCGCUGUUUACCACCCGCUCCAUCCUCACCCGCCGUGUUUCCCUGCCUGGUCCGCCAAGUGAGGCUCACAGCAACCUCCCAGCCAUGUGUGAUAACGGAGACCCCGAAGAUAAGCCCCCUGCCCCUCCGGUCAGAAUGAGCAGCACAAUCUUCAGCACCGGUUCUGGGAAAGACUCGCUGUCGGCCAACCACAGCUCAAAGCCACUGCCUUCUGUGCCCGAGGAGAGAAAACCUCGCAAAGGAAUUAUCUCAAUCUUCUCCGGGGCUGAAAAAAGUGGCAGAAAGAAAGAGAAAGACAAGGAGCGUCCAGAAAUCUCCUCGCCUUCAGACUUUGAGCACACCAUUCAUGUGGGGUUUGAUGCUGUGACAGGGGAGUUCACGGGUAUGCCAGAGCAAUGGGCUCGACUACUCCAGACUUCAAACAUCACCAAGUCGGAGCAGAAGAAAAACCCCCAGGCUGUGCUCGAUGUUCUCAAGUUCUACGACUCUACAGGCAACGGUCGCCAGAAGUACCUCAGCUUCUCCUCUUCUGAAAAAGAUGCGUUCACUCCAGGGCCUCAGUCUCCUGUUAAAAAAGGCACUGAACCCUCAUCUCCAAACAUCAAAGACAUUGAUGAUGAUGACGAUGAUGAAACGCCUCCACCUGUUGUGGCACCGAGACCAGAACACACAAAAAGCGUGCUCACCAUCUCUGUUAUCGACCCCAUCCCUGCUCCAAGCACGUGUCCAGAUAAGGAUGCUGCCUCAAAGGCUGCAGACAGACAGAAGAAGAAGGGCAAGAUGUCGGAUGAGGAGAUCAUGGACAAACUGAGAACUAUAGUCAGCAUUGGGGACCCCAAGAAGAAAUACACACGAUAUGAAAAAAUUGGCCAGGGGGCAUCAGGAACAGUAUUCACAGCCAUUGACGUCGCCACAGGACAAGAGGUUGCUAUUAAACAGAUCAACCUACAAAAGCAGCCAAAGAAGGAGCUGAUCAUUAAUGAGAUUCUAGUCAUGAAGGAGCUGAAGAACCCCAACAUUGUCAACUUUUUAGACAGUUUCCUGAUGGGGGAAGAGUUGUUCGUGGUGAUGGAGUAUCUGGCUGGUGGCUCACUGACGGAUGUGGUCACAGAGACCUGCAUGGACGAGGCUCAGAUAGCUGCUGUCUGUCGAGAGUGUUUACAAGCAUUGGACUUCCUGCAUGCGAACCAGGUCAUCCACAGAGACAUUAAAAGUGACAACGUGUUGCUUGGGAUGGACGGUUCUGUCAAGCUGACCGACUUCGGCUUCUGUGCCCAGAUCACUCCUGAGCAAAGCAAACGCAACACCAUGGUCGGCACGCCUUACUGGAUGGCUCCUGAAGUGGUCACCAGGAAGGCCUACGGACCCAAAGUGGACAUUUGGUCUCUGGGUAUCAUGGCCAUUGAGAUGGUUGAAGGAGAGCCACCCUACCUUAACGAGAACCCACUGCGAGCCUUGUACCUGAUUGCCACAAAUGGAACUCCCGAGCUUCAGAAUCCUGAAAAGCUGUCUCCAGUUUUCAGAGAUUUCCUCAACCGUUGCCUGGAAAUGGAUGUGGAGAAAAGAGGUGGAGGCAAAGAACUCCUGCAGCAUCCCUUCCUGAAGCUGGCGAAGCCCCUCUCCAGUCUCACGCCUCUCAUCCUGGCAGCCAAGGAGGCCAUGAAGGGCAAUCGUUAGCUGAUGAAACCAGCUCCCCUGCCUUCCCAUGCUGUGCACAGAUGAUGUGCCAACCUUUUUAGAUUUUGUGCCAGACAAUAGGCUGAAAGUGACCUGUCACUCUUCAUGCACCAGCCUUAUAAGCCCUGACAAACCUCACUGUGAAGAAGACCAAAAAUCUAGAGCACAACCCCACCGCUGUCCAUAUGAACUCUUUUUUUUUUUUUUUUUUUUCACUCUGAAGACAAGUCAAAUUAAAGUGCUUAGUUUUAGAGUCAGGCAUAGUUCAUUUUAUACAUCAAAUCUCCUGGUGACAAGUUAGGGCUAGGCUUGUAUUUAACUUGGAAUGAAGAAGACGCCUAGUUCUUUGUAGUGUUUUUAAUCAACUGCCUUAAACAAAUGCAAAAUGUUGCCUAAUGUAUUGAUUGUGUCUGUGUCCUUUCUCCCAUGUUUUUACUACCUUUGAAAUUGACCUUUCAGCUUGUCGGUGUCUUAGUUAUUUUGAUACUUGAAUUUCAUGUUUGUUCCCCUUCUUGUUAUAUAAUGUGUCUCAUUCAAUGAACACUCUUGCUAUUUCCACAUUGACCCAUUUUUAUGGAUGUCUUAGUGAUUUUUUUUUUCUUCAUAGGAAACAUUUCGGUGCAUUCAUCAUCAUGCUGUGCUGUGAUUAUAUCACAUGGCAUACGUAUCAAACCAUUUCCCCCCCCCCCUCCUGUAUCAUCUAGUCUCCUGAUAGCAGAGGUGCACCUUACAGGCAAAUUUAAUUGUUAGAUUGACAGGGUUUUUACUUUCUUCUCUAUUGUUAUUAAAAAAAGAUUAUUGUAUGUUGAAUUCUGUCCUUUGUGUUCUUCCAGACUAAACAAGUGCGCUUUUCCCAUGUGUAUAUUGUGUACGUAUUAUUUAGUUUGAUUACAACUAACCAUGUCGUACUGGUUAGACAUUUUAUGUUUUUACCCUUCUCCCUUUCUCUUGUUGAUGACUAACAACCUUGUCUGCGCACUCAAAUAAAUGCAUCUGUUUUUUG